CGUUGUAUAGUUCUUGUUGGAGUUUCUUGGUGGGGGUUUUCUUCUUCUUUUUGUUCAAAAACAACAAAGAGAUUUUAUUGUUUCUAUGGAGAAUCUGUUUUCUUUCAAGGUUGUGUGAGUAGACAGAGGGGAUGGAUGAGAUGAUGAACGAAGACAUGCCAUUUCAUCAGCAUCAUCGACAGCAGCAGCAAGUGAUUGCGGAGGAGAAUAUGUCGAAUCUUACAUCUGCAUCUGGGGAUCAUCAAGCAAGUGUGUCUUCGGGCAACAGAACUGAAGCAAAUGGAUCAAACUUUGUUAAUCAACAACAACAACAACAACAGUGUUUUGUUCCACAACUGCAAGCUCAAUCAUCUCAGCCCCCGAAGAAGAAGAGAAACCAGCCAGGCAAUCCAGACCCAGAAGCAGAAGUGAUAGCUUUGUCCCCGAAAACACUCAUGGCGACAAACAGGUUCAUAUGCGAUAUCUGCAACAAAGGGUUCCAAAGAGACCAGAACCUGCAACUGCACAGGAGAGGGCACAACCUACCAUGGAAGCUGAAACAAAGGUCCAAGACAGAAGCCGUGAGGAAGAAGGUGUAUGUCUGUCCGGAGGCGAGCUGCGUCCACCACGAACCGUCGAGAGCAUUGGGGGACUUGACAGGGAUCAAGAAGCAUUUCUGCAGAAAACAUGGCGAGAAGAAGUGGAAAUGCGAUAAGUGUUCGAAGAGGUAUGCGGUUCAGUCAGAUUGCAAAGCCCAUUUCAAGACUUGUGGCACCAGAGAGUACAGAUGUGACUGCGGCACUCUCUUUUCAAGGAGGGAUAGUUUCAUAACUCACAGAGCAUUUUGCGAUGCAUUGGCGGAAGAAAGUGAAAGGGCAAACCCAACUCAUCAACCAAACCCUAUCUCGAUCCAAUCUUCUUACCAAACUCCACAACCAAACAAUCCUCCUCCUUCUUACAACAACGUUGUUAGCAAUAGCGGUAGCAGUAACAACAGCAACAAUCUCCAUGGAUUCUCCAUGAAGAAAGAGCAAGAAAUUGACAUAAACUUCACUCACCCUCCUUGGCUCUCCCCUCCUCCCUUUCCCUGCUCUAAGGCGGAGACUCCGUCCGUUGUUUUUCCCUCGAACCCUAACCCUAGCUUCGCCGCCGCCGGAGCUUUAUUCCCCUCCUUCCACCGCCCCUCUCCUCCGUCUCCGGCCUUGUCGGCCACCGCAUUGCUCCAGAGAGCCGCUCAAAUGGGUGCUACGACCACGACUCCUUCUCCCGCCGAAGAGAUAAGGUCGUCAUCAAGUCACGCCCUCAAGACAACAAUGGCGGCUGUGAUGACGUCACCGUAUCCGGCGUCGGGGUUUGGAUUCUCGGCCAGCGGUAAUGCCGACAACCCUUCUAUGUUUCAGGGCUACAACACGAUGAAUCCAGCGGCCGGUUUUGAAGCCUUCGACGAGAGCUUUGGUGGGUUCUUGAGGGCAAACGCCACGACGGCGGCGGCGUCGGUGGCUCCGGCGGUCGGAGAGAAGUACGGCGGUGGCAGAGGAAUUGGAGAAGGGUUGACGAGAGAUUUCUUGGGGCUUACGCCAUUGUCUCAUAGCGAAAUUCUCAGUUUUUCGGAUCUCGGAGACUGUUUCAGUGGCAAUGCUUCUGAGCAGCAACAGCGACGUGACCACUCACAAAACCCUUAGAUUAUGAUAUAUAUAUAUAUAUAUAUAAUCUUUUUUGUUUCUUUAUAUAUUAUAUCAGUUCACUUGUGUAUAUAUAUUCUCGAGAAAAAGGAGAAUCACCAUGUUGCAAAAAUUAUAUAAAGAAAU